UUGAGCAUUGUCUUGGUUAUAAAGGAAUGUCGUCGAAUGGUGGAAGUAGUAGUAACGGUGGGAAUGGUCGUUUAGGACUUACUUUAGACGCUAUUUUUGGUGAACUUUUGGCUGCAGCACUGAGUUUAGCUGUAGUUAUCAUAGGUGGUAACUUUCUUAAAAACAAAUUGGACCCCCUCCAUGAACAGAAAAAGGCCUUGAGGAAGAAGCGACAAGAGCUGUCACAAAGAUUAAGAAAGUUGAAUAGCAAAGCAUAUGACUUGGAUGACUUGACUUCAUUGGAAGCGGUCGUUGCACAAGAGUUGGUGUUACCUGACCAACUCGACGCUGAUUUUACUGCAGUUGGAGGUUUGAAGGAGAUAAAAGAAUCGUUAGAAGAGACCGUAUUGCUUCCUUUACUUCGGCCUGAGUUGUUUUCUUCAUCUUUUCUUUUAUCACCCACUAAAGGUGUUUUGCUAUAUGGUCCCCCUGGAACGGGUAAGACACUGCUGGUAAAAGCAUUGGCUAAAGCAAGUCGUGCCAGUUUUAUUCCUAUAUCGCCUAGCACUAUUUUGAGCAAAUGGGUUGGUGAGACCAACCAACUGGUCCACGCAAUCUUCUCACUUGCUUAUAAGAUUCAACCUUGUAUUCUUUUUAUUGACGAAAUAGACUCAUUGUUCCGUGAAAGGAGUGCCUAUGAUCACGAAGCAUAUCGAGAUAUGAAGGCUGAGUUUAUGUCGCUAUGGGACGGACUGUUAAGUGACCCUAAUGCUGCAGUAAUCGUAGUUGGUGCUACUAAUCGCCCUUGGGACAUUGAUGCUGCUAUUCUCCGACGCAUGCCUCGUUCAUUUUUGGUGGAUUAUCCUACAACCUCUGAAAGGAAGGAAAUCUUGCAAGUUAUUCUCUCUGAAAUUGUUUUAGAACAAGGCUUUGACUUUGACCGUAUAGCAGAAGAAACGCCAGGGUUGACGGGAAGCGAUUUAAAGGAAAUAUGUCGAGUUGCUGCGUAUCAACCUAUUCGAGAAGCUUUACAAAAGGAAAAGAAGUUAUUGGCCAAUGGCAAGAAGCAACAGGAACAAGGAAUAAGCAGCUUUGCCAAUUUGGCUAACGAAUAUAGUCGAACCAUAAGACCAUUAAGAACUCGCGAUGUAUUGAAUGCCAAGGAGACAGUGGUUCCAACUAUUUGGAAGAGUAAUUCCUAUCGUGAACACUGUGAAAAGCAAUAUGAGGCAUCUUUGGCAAGAGAUAAUCAGGAUGAAAUAGUUUCUACCUUUUUAAACAGACUUGUAUCUCAAAUGCAUAUAUUGGAUAGCAACAACAACAAUGAGGCAAAAGUAAACAAGCAUAACGAAUCAUCUCCCUAGAGAAACAACUUGCUUCUUGUAGGGGCUUAUUGUAUUUCAAUUGUCCUUGGAUAGUUUUUGAUGGGAUCAGAGCAAUAUAUUGGAAGUUGUGAAUAUAAAGCAUUUUGUGUAAGACCAUUGAUAAGUGUAUCCGGAAUUCCCACAAAGACCAAAGUUCUUUAGCCAUUUGACUUCCUUUGGCUCUGACUUUCCAGAAUUAGCCAUGUUUUUGGUCGUUUCUUCAGUUACAUAGCCAAUUGCAUUCCGUUCUAUUCCAAAAUUGAUCAAUUUCAGAUGAGUCGUUCUAAGGAGACAAAAUUCUAUGGCGUAGUACUUUGAAUAAGACUCACCAUCAUUCAGUAACAUCCUGAAAUGUUGAAGGAUUUUCCAGUACUAAGGUCUACAGCGUGUGAUUUUACG